AUGUUAUCGUCUCGCGGGCUCCAAAAUGUCCAGGAACUGGAUCUUCCCUGGCGAUUCAGCCCUACUCAAUCAUACGAUGCAGAGACGAACCCGACGGGGCUGAUCUCGUUCGGCAUGGCCGAGAAUAAACCAAUGAGGGCCGAAAUGGCCAAAUAUAUCAAUGAAAAGGUCGUCUUCUCACAAGACUCUGUUAGCUACCGGUCCAGCGCAAGCACCGCCGCACGGCUCCCCGCAGCCGCAGCAGCGCACCUAAACCGAAUCCUGAGCCCGCACGCAUCCAUCGAGCCGGAGCAUGUCUUCGUGGCGGACUCGCCCACCUCCCUGGGCAACAUGCUGGGCUUCAACCUGGCCGAGCGCGACGAGGCCAUCCUCGUCAAUAGGCCUGUGUACGGCCGCUUCGAACUGGAUUAUGGCGUCGAAGCCGGCAUCAAGAUCGUGUAUGCUGACACGGCGACGGAGGAGGCAUUCUCGCCUGGUUCGGUGCUGAAGUACGAAGAGGCGCUUGCUGCUGCUGAGAGCCAGGGCACCAAGAUUCGUGCGGUGCUUCUUGUUAAUCCUCAUAACCCUGUUGGUCGGUGCUACCCGGUGAAAACCCUGGAAGAAAUUGCCCGGUUCUGUAACAAGCAUCGUCUUCAUCUCAUCAGCGACGAGGUAUAUGCCUCGUGCGUGUUUGACUCGGGCGAUCCCAAUGCUACGCCGUUCACUUCGAUCCUCUCACUGGAUUUGGCGCGCCUGAUCGACCCGAGUCUCGUUCACGUGUUAUAUGGGUUCAGCAAGGCAAGACUUCUCCUCGGGCGGCCUACACCUAGGAUUCCUGGUAACCCAGAACCAGCAGCUCCGGCAAGCGUGCAAGGCAAUUCUGUAAGAUUUAUAUAUUUCUCUCUAGCUUUAAUCCCAGGUUUGUAUCAUUCGACUCACCCAAAACUUUCCUGGUUAUGCAGAAGACUCCACGGCGCCUCCCAAGCAGCGGUGACAAUCGGAACCGCCAUCCUAGAAGACGAAGCCUUCGUGAAGAGCUUCACGGCCAAAUCGCAGCAGAGCCUCGCCGCAGGCUAUCGACACACAACCUCGACACUGAAUGAGGCAGGAAUUAAUUACAUCAAUGGCGGAAACGCCGGCUUCUUUAUCUACAUCGAUCUCUCGCCCUAUCUGCCCAACCCCGGUGCUCCCACCCGAGAACGAGAGUUCGCGCUCGCGCAGAACCUCGUUGAUGCUGGUGUCUUUUUGCAUCCUGGGGAGGAGCAUUCCAAGGAUGCGGGGUGGUUUCGGUUGGUGUUUUCGCAAGAGGAGGCUGUUUUGCGGGAGGGGCUUAGGAGGUGA